AUGCGUCCGACUUCCGACACUGGAACAAGUCCUACCCCACCCGACAGCAACGUUGCUACUCACAUCGAAGUAGCGCCAAUUCAACUUGUCGAGAAAGACAGUAAUCACGCCGAUUUGGAGCGGCCGAACCCAUCACGCUCGUCCUCACCAACACAUUCAUUUCAAUCUGCUCCAAAGCAAAAUCAAGAAACGUAUGUAAUUGUGCUGGAUAGCCUAGGGAGUACACAUGGCCCUGUGAAAACUGCCCUUCGUGACUAUCUACGGCUCGAGGCUCAUGACAAAGGUAAAGUCGAUGCAGACGUGGAUAUAAAGCGUCUGGGUGAUCCUACUCAUAUUGAUGUCCGUGUGCCCGUGCAGUCGAAUUUCAGUGACUGUGGGGUAUAUUUGUUACACUACUUUGACCGUUUUUUUUCUCAGCCGGAGCAUUUUUUCGAGAUUGCGCUUUCAUCGAGACGCGGAUCUCGGACUUAUACCACGGUGCAUCAGGACUGGCGAAGUGAAGACGUGGACUCAAAGCGUGCUUGGUGGGCGUCCGUCAUUCAGGACCUGGCUCGUGAUUGGAUCCCCGAUCCUGAUCCACAUAUGGAACCGUGUGGAGAAGGCGAUAUAGAGGACGUUUGCCCCUUAUAA